AUGAGUGCGACAUCUCUUAAGGAAAAGGGAAAUGAUCAUUUCAAGAGUGGUCGUCUGGCCCAGGCAGCAAAGUGCUAUGCACAGGCGGAGAAAGCAGCCCCUACGGAUGCUGUGUAUCCUUCGAACCUGAGCGCAGCACUUUACGAGCUCGGCGACUACAAAGGCUCGUACGAGGCGAUAUGCCGUUCUGCAGAUCUUUUGACGAAGGAACAAUGGGAAUCUCCUCUCGCGAAGCGUCUUUCUGCGAGAAUCGCCAAAUGUCUGCGGUAUGGAGUACGCUCCGGCGUAAUAACUCCCGACAUGGCGGAGAAAGCACCAGCAGUCUGCGAUAAAUUGAGAUCCAUUAGUCGUCAGCCCUCAGGCGACUCUGCACCGGGCACUGCGGCAGACGCUGCUUCUGCUUGGGAUGAAUGGGACUUUGUCAAGGGCGAGAUGAAUAAAGUGACUGGUAACGCUAAUGAUGCACGCGGUCGGCUCGCUCAAAUGCCAAUCUUCCGAAAGCCUGCGGAUACAGAGAUGUUAUAUUUUCCUAUCGGGCACGAUGAGAUCCUCAACAUCGUGGAAGACUGGGGUCCAACCUACGAAGGCAGCCACGAUCCGCUACCGCUGAAUGAUAUUCCUAUCACUUGCUUGAAGCCGUUGGCUCUUCUCUUUGGUGGUGUCGGUGACGCUCGGCAUGUCUUCGCCUCAAUUAUCGGUCUCCAGAAGGCUUCAGCUUCUUCAUUAAGCAGAAAGCGGAGCUUGACACUCAAGGCACACAUGACGCUGAUAGAUGUCCAACCGACCAUUCUCGCCCGCAAUCUCUGUCUGUUCAUGUUGUUGGAUGAAUUGAUGAACAGAUCCGUUCUAGACGAGAACACGAUAAUCAUCAAAGCUACUCUCUUCUACGCAUAUGUUGGAGUCUUGAUGCCUGACUACUGUUAUACCAAGUGGAUGAGCGUCGUCAGAGAUCUCAGGAUUCGUCUUGCCCUGAGUCCACCCGAUAUACCUUCUUGGUUCCACGUCUCUCCCGACUCCGUUCCAGGCAUCAUCUCGUGUUUUACCUAUUGGGAAAAGGGAUUGACCAAAAAGACCGCCAAGGGCUCUCUCUCUAUGCACAUAAACAAUGAUGCUCCUCAUCACGGUGCAGACAACAUGCCAGCGUAUAACGUACAAGUGAAGAAGAAUAAGGAAUCUAUGCGGAUUUGGGCCACAUCGGAGGUGGACAAUCAUUCAGAGCAAUAUCUGAUGAAAGCGGGGAGGGAUCAGCUUGGACUCGAGCCUUGCCCCACGGACUUUGCGGGAAAGAGAGAGUGGUUGGCGUUAACGCGAGAAAUGCUCACAGAAUUCAUGUCGGACGCGAGCUCGGGUUUUGAGCGUCCCGAUACGCGCUUGGAAAUGGUGAACGAGGACUAUUGGUAUCGGAAGGCUCAUGUAUUCGUACCGCAUUCAGCCUUGUGGCACCGGCAUGAAGGCCUCGAGGCCUCAUGGACUAGCUACAGGGAUUCGAAGCGACGGAAUAUUACCCAGCUUCAGAACAAGUUCGCCUCGAACGUGGCAGGAACAUUUAAGCCCAAUCCUUCGCUCUUUGAUCGCCGUCGUCACGAAACUAAAUACCCAGAUAUGAACUGUGACGCUUUCACAACUGUCCGUCAAAUCAACAUCUUCAACGUUCGUAUGGAUUUGACCGGUGAUCGAGACUCAGUUCGGGGAGAUGUUGAACGAGAUUAUCCUGCCUUCUCCGUUGGCGAAACAUUCUUCGAUGCUGUGGUAGACGCUUUGAAAGCGUUGAAGGGUCGCAUCAUGCUCGAGGUUAUCCACGAUGAUCUUAGCAGUGGGCUGCUGAAGAUACGAGCACGAGCAAUGGACAGCCGACCGGCAGAAUUCCCAAAGAAAUUCACUCGUAUGUGGUUAAGCAACGUACCGGACUAUACCCACGGGCCAAUGAAUACUGCGGUCUACGUCAUGCCAUCUCUGGAAGUUGUCCCGGGUGCGAAUGCCACAGCGAAUUGUCUCCUGAACACUGGCUGCUGGAACAGCGGCGAAGACUUCUUCCACAAUUACACUCUCCUCCGGGUUCGCGAUGCCCCUCGCUUUCUAGGCUGUGAAGUCGUCAACAUGAAGCCCGCUUGGGGCCUGAUCACUCUGGCUCCGACGGUUCUCCCCCGCCCACUAGCACAGCUGGCGUCUCGUGAUGAACUGUAUACUUGGCUCACCCGUACCUUGCUAUGCACGCUGGUUCCUGGAUAUCCUUCCCAGCAUGCGUAUCGCUGCCGUCACCCAAACAACGUAGUAUCCUUCGUCGGACUGGUCAUUCACCUUCACGCCGUUGGUUUCCCAUCGCAUUGGCUGUCCGAAUACAUGCGAACCCUUCUCUCAAACGACCUCGUCACCGAUGUCGCACCAUAUCGCGGUGAAUUACCUGUCCCCGUCUCCGAGAUCGGCCGUCGCGUUCAAAAGCGUAGAGUUAACCUCGAUCCCUGGUUCCUUGAGUUCGAAAACAUCAUCGCUACCUCCUACGAGUCUCUUCCUUUCCCCAUUUCGCUUCCUCGCACUCCUUUCGCCACCUCUCAUACCGAGAUCGGCACUUUUGAAGUCAAGAUACCAUCCAACGAAUUUGAACCAGCGACAUUUACGAAGUUUCUGUCAAUCAUGGAUCCAGUCAUCUCCCUCAUAUUCGUCAAGGCAGGGGCGACCUCAGAUCCAAUGGAUCUGGUGAAAAAGGUGCCACAAAUCCUGGAGGGUAAGGGAGGAGCUAGGCCGGCGUGUGGAGAAAUCUACAUCUUGACGGGUGUCGAAAGGUUUGAGAUGUCAGCGGGAUUGGUGAGUUGGAGGAUGAGCAGGGACAGGGUGAAGAAAAUGCAGGCGAGUGGGUGGUUCAUGAUGGCGUAUAGGUUUGAUGCAGAAAUUCCGGUGGUCUGUCCCAUCUCUUCGACGCGCUGGAUGGAGAGCCGAGUUUGAAAGACUAGGUGAUGGACGGGGCGACCGCGAACUGUACUUGUACCCAGCUGUGCCCAUACCCACUUGUAAGUUCGCCACUGCGCCAGCACUUUGAC